AUCACAUUGUCAAAGCACACCAAUAUAUGCCACCAACACUAAUUCACAGCUUCCAUCCUUUUUGUGCCCAAUUACUGUAACAGCCACAGGGAAACGGAUUUUCAAGGAGGAGCCACUAUUAAGGCAGUGUAGAAUUAUUGGUUCCCCUGUGAGCAUACCUGUACAGCACUUGGGUAUGGAUGGAACAGCCAUUGAAAAUUUUGUCUGUGUCAUUUUUAAUGUUUCCUUCAUGAACUGCACUUGGCACGCGGGCCAGACUGCUUCAGGAGAUACCCAAUACUUUCUGUACUGGAAGACCUCAGAGAAAGAAGAUUUUACAGGAUGCCAGAAUUACAUCAAAGAUAAUUAUGGAAGGCACACAGGAUGCAGUUUCCAAAAUGUGACAAUAAAAAAUACGAAAGCUCAUUUCCUGGUAAAUGGGUCUAGAAGUGGACAAAACAUUCAGUCAUAUAAGAAGAAGAUUAUUCUCUACAGAAUUGAAAAACUUACCCCUCCAUUAAAUGUCACUGUGAACUGCACAGAAGGUUCUCAUCUCUGUGACAUUUGGUGGCAACCACCUCGCACAAGCCAUGUGGAAAGAGAGGAUGCUUGUUUCAAAUAUGAAAUUGUCAUAGAAAACAAGGUUGAUCCUAAGAAAAACAUCACCACAUCUCGAACAAAAAACUGCUACGAAUUUGAGAGCUUCAGUGCAGAAAAAAGGUACAGCGUCAAAAUCAGAGCAACCAACAAUGACUGUUUAGUGAGCGAAAGCUGGGGAGAGUGGAGCACACCUGUAGAGUUUGGAAAAGAACAACUUACAUCUACUUCAUCAUAUAUGUUAUUUCUGGUAGCAGUGCUGGCAGCAAGUCUCACGCUUUGUCUCUGCACAGUAAGCAUUUAUUUGAAAAAAAAAUCUGCCACAGUACUGCAGCCAAGAGACCCAUUCCAUGAGAUCUCUCCAAGGGAUUUUGAGAGAGAAUAUAAAAAUCAAUUGAUGAAGCAUGAAACUGAAGAAAUAACAGUUAUUGAAGAAAUGACAUAAUGGCAUGCAACAGAAUCGAGCUAUUUGAAUUUUUCAAGCAUAUUAUCUUGUUGGCAGUAAUUUAUAGGUUUUUGUUAUUCUCUCCCUCUUGCAAGAAGAGAAAGUAGUGUUGCCUAUAGAGAUGAAUCCCCAAGAACCUAUCUUAAAAAGCCUCUUUAUAUUUGAUUGAAUUUUCCAUAAAUAAUUUGAGUUCUUUGGG